AUGACAGCUACUUUUUCCAAUCUAAAUCUUGCAAUAUGUGCAGUGCUACUGGUCAUAUCAAUAUCACCAAUACACAGUAUCACGCUGCAGCUCAACGAGACAGAGUUUCCAUCAUCCAUUGAUGUUUUUGAGGGUAAAUUCGAAAGAGGUGGAAUUUAUAGGAUGUUCCAUGCAGAGCAUACACAAAUCGAUUGUGUCAAAUACAGGGAUAUGAUCUUGACUCCUUCGAGAUCCCGCAAGAGGAUUAAAGUCGAUACAUAUGUUCAAGAAUAUAGGCGUGGUGAGAAUAGGGUAAUUUCUAUCACCUUGUUCUACCUUAAAGAUGAUAUACGUAUGGACACUACAUUUUAUCAAAUUACUGACAACAGGUACAAAGUGAUAGCACUUAUCGACAGAAACAAAUUUGUAGGUAAGACUGUAAUAUUAAAUCUCGAUGUCGGUUCUCAUAAAAUACAUCCAUUCAUAGGUGUAAAUUCUGUGAGGGGGGCACGUCCAUAUACCGAGUGGUCCGUUAUGAGAGGAGGAGGAGGUAUUAAAAGUAAAACUUUGGGCCAUCGCGUAAAAUAUCGAACAGAGCACAUAAUUCUAACACCAAUUCAAAACAUAGAGAAAACUUCUAGAAGUAACAACAGUCCUCCUACAAAACUCAGUUCCAAUAUUACUAAGAUACUUAUUGGAUCUAGCGAAGGUAAUAUGCGGAUAUGGCUCAAAUACAAGUUUUGCACAAAGUCACUGUCAAUACAAAUACCACCCAUUUAUAAUGGUGUUUUUAGACCACGAAACAUCGUCCUGGAUCCACUCCAACUCUCUCAGUGUGACACCACUACUAUCCCGACGGCCUCCAUUAACGUAGAGAUAGACAUAUCUAACAAUGAGAGCAUCACACCACACGUCAUUGUAUUGGCUAACCUAAGAAGGGGCGAUUGGUUGUACAGUCAACACAGCAUCGUACCUUUUAUCUAUCGAACUCGUGCAAUUGUUAAGGUCGUGAAUUCGACGGAUAACUGCGAGAUAUACCAAAUGGUCGAUGAGCGACGUGUUACGCACAUCGAGAUAUUCGAUCACGUCAAACAUGGAUGGCAAUACGUUGUAAUAAAUAUUGUGGGACAGGCAGGAAUAGGUCUCCGGCACAUCAAAAAGAUUUACAAACGUAUAGACGACAGCAACUUCGUGGCAUACUUUGAUCUUAGCAAGUUCUGGAUAAACCCUUAUAUCGAUAUGUUAUAUAACAUCGAUACACUCGAACCGGAUGGUGACAACGAACCCACAGAUGUGAUGAUGGACGCGAUGUCGACGUGA